AUGUUAGGAGACAGUAGGAAGUGGCAACAGACCCGCGGCCUUGGCUUGCUCGUAGCAGUACAAUUGAAAUCGGUGGCGGCUAAUGGCGGAGGACUUGAAGGCGAGGAAAAGGCGGAGCUCAUCAGCGAGGACAUCGCGUUGCAGGUGAGUGUUCUAGUGGUACUGCUGGCGCUCUCAGCCAUGUUCGCUGGCUUGGGGCUUGGCCUCAUGUCCCUCGACCUCAUCGGCCUGGAGAUCGUCGUGGCUGCGGGCGAGGAUGAACACGCGACCGAGACGGAACGCAUAAAUAGCGAGGCUGCCAAGAAGGUCAUUCCGCUGCGUCGCAACGGCAACCUGCUGCUCACGACGCUACUGUUGGGCAACGUUUCCGUGAACGUACUUACGUCCAUCAUUACCGCCGACCUCACGAGCGUGAUCGGUGGCAAGGUGGUCCCGCUCGUACGUAUCUUGAUUGCUCUCUUCUACAUUUUUGCGAAGCCUGUGAGUUUGGCUCUGGGCGCGACGUUGGGAGAAGACAUUGGCACAGUCUUCACUAGACGACAGGUACACAAUUGGUUUGAGUUUUUGAGAGUAUUUCUAACAAAAAAGUCAUCACUCAAGUUGGCUGAGAUCAUCGACAUCCACGAGAAACAAGAGAUGAUCGACAAGGACGAAAGCAGCAUUAUUCGGGGUGCCAUGACCUUUGGAAACAAGACUGUGCGGAGUGUCAUGACCCCUGUGGACCAACUCUUCAUGGCCCCGAUAUCUGCCGUCCUGGAUCGAGAACUCAUUCACAACAUUCUCGCGAGCGGUUUUUCGCGCAUUCUCGUUCAUGGCACUUCCGUCAGCGACAUCACGGGGACUAUCCACGUCAAAGACCUCAUCUUUGUGGAUCCAAAGGAUAAAACUCUCCUCGCAAGCUUCUUCCAGAUCUUCGGCCGAGCGACGCGUUCUGUAAACCCGGACUGCAGACUGAGCGCACUUCUUGAUACCUUUAAAUCGGAGAGUGCGCACUUAGUUUUAGUCAAACAACCCCAGACAACAGAUGCGAGUGGAGAUAUGCACACGUUGCUGGGUAUCGUGACGCUAGAGGACGUACUGGAAGAAAUUUUGCAGGACGAGAUUUUGGACGAGGGAGACGUCUCGGUCUAUCGCAGCCACGACUCGGAGCGCAAGCAGUUCUUGCUGCGCCAGUUCGACGAGGGCGGUCGACUAGGCCUUGACGACUUGUGCCAGGCUGACGACCCGUCUGAAGAUGAACUUGCCGCUGGACUCAUCCAGGAGCAGCUUUUUACCUAAAUUGCUUGCUUUUUGUAGAAGAUAAAAAAGCAAAUUGUUGUUAUUUGC